UCCAUGCAGACAUGGCGGCGUUUUCGUCGUCGUUGUCACGUUCAGAUACCUCCGACACUAUAACUAAGCUAGCUGAAGAAUAUUGGGUACCCCACAACAAGUCCUCAUGGAAGGAAUACGACCCGAAGGUAAUUGUGGAUGUAUAUCAGAAGGAAAUCAUUGCAUCUGGCUUUGCGAUCCGCAAAGUCAUGCUGCUUGAAUUCAGUCAGUACUUGGAAAACUACUUAUGGUCACACUACGAUCCUCAAAGUGCAUCGACUGCGCACUUGAUGUCCAUUGUUGUCAUGGUAAACGAAAAAUUUCGGGAAAGAGUUCCAGCAUGGCAAACGUUCAUUGCAAGACCCGACCAUUUUCCGGCAUUCUUUCGAAAAGUGAUGGAAAGUGCUCUAGAUGAAAACUUCAGGUUCUCUCUGCGUGAACAAACUGCACUACUGGUAUUCCUGAUCAACUGUUUUAACAGCAUGGAAGUGAGCCUGAUACGAGAGCAAAUUCAGCGCUUGGUCUCGCUGUCAGCGUGGAGGACCUUGUUACCCGAACGGAGAGAGCACGAGUUUAAGCGCUUUCCAAAGUUGAAGAAAUUUUGGGCUUACAUCGAGAAAAACGACAAGAAGCUUGAUGAGCAGACGUACAAGGACCUGUUGUAUGAACGAGAGUUUCUUUCGCGGCUCAUCGACCGAUUUUUCAAGUAUUUGGAGUCUGUGCCAUCAACCAAAGAUGUUCCCGAGCUAGACAAGCCGGCUCUGGAGGUUGUUCACUACUGUGAACGCUUCCUGGAGUUCAUGAUAGAUCUCGAAGCCUUGCUUCCAUCGCGGCGGUUUUUCAACACCAUAAUGGACAACUCUCAUCUGGUUGUCAAGUGUCGACUGUCAGCACUGUCUCAACGGAAAGAAGGCCGGCUCUUUGCGCAGCUGUUAGACAGACUCAAGUUCUACUCGAAGUUUGAAAUCAGUGACCAGACAGGAGAAGAGCUCACGGACCAUGACAUGAUGCAGAUUCAUUAUGACAACAUAACGGCACUGCAGAAGGCAGCAUUUAAAGACUUUCCCGAUCUGCGGCGCUUUGCAUUGUGCAAUGUUGCAAAUGUGGACACACGAGAAAGACUGCUGAAACACUUCGGCUCCCUUAAAGCUACAGACCUGCACAGGCUUGCUGCUUCGCUAUUUUUAGUGCCUCCAUUGAGUUCAGAAAGUGAUAUGUCUCCUUACAGUCACACCUUUCUUGAAGAACUACUGAUUUCCCGACAUGAGAAGCGCCAAUCACAGUUGGAAAGCCUGAACGAGAUGCCCUUGUAUCCUACAGAAUCGAUAAUAUGGGAUGAGAAUGUUGUUCCAUCAGAAUACUUUUCUGGAGAAGGCUGCCUGGCACUGCCAAAGCUCAACUUGCAGUUUCUUACGUUGCAUGAUUACUUGCUACGCAACUUUCACCUCUUUCGGCUUGAGUCCACAUAUGAGAUAAGACAGGACAUUGAAGAUUCAGUCAGUCGUCUGAAACCGUGGAAAACUGAGGAAGAAGGUGUCAUGUUUGGUGGCUGGGCAAGGAUGGCACAGCCUAUAGUGAAUUUUGCUAUUGUGGAAGUAGGCAAGCCAAACAUAGGUGAGAAACAGCCUUCCAAGGUUCGUGCAGAUGUCACUGUUCACCUUAAUGUUCGCAGAGAAAUAAAGGCAGAGUGGGAAGCUCUAAGGAAACAUGACGUAUGCUUCCUUAUCACGGUGCGACCUGUCUGUCCACCAGGCACUCCUUACAACUAUAAGGAGCCUUUUGUACCACAGGUAGGCCUAACUUAUGUGCGUGGCUGUGAAAUUGAAGGCCUACUUGAUCUGAACGGAAGGGUCAUUGAAGAAGGACCGGAGCCAAAGCCAUUGUUGCCAGGUGAUACAAGAACUUACCGAAUGUGGAUGGACUGCAAUCAGUACAAGAUUGACAUGGAUCACAAUGUGAAAGGUGGGGAAGAUGUUUAUGACACAUUCAACAUACUGAUGAGGAGGAAGCCAAAAGAAAACAACUUUAAGGCAGUUCUGGAAACCAUCAGAGACUUGAUGAACACAGAGUGUGUUGUACCAGAUUGGUUGCACGACAUCAUACUUGGUUAUGGUGAUCCAGGUGCUGCACACUACUCAAAGAUGAGCAAUCAGAUUCCAGUGUUAAACUUCAAUGACACAUUUCUCAACAUGGACCACCUCCGGGCAAGCUUUGGGGACAAAUGUGACAUAUCUGUGGAUGUUAAUGAUCCACGCUUACUUGUACCUCCUUUCAAAGUGACAUUUUGUGAUGUUCAACAGGAGCAACAGGUAUCUCUAAAGCAGAGCUCGAAAAGGGGGAAGAAUGUCACAACUACUGAGCAGCCACCAAAGAAAGAAAAAAUUUUGGUCACACCACACACCACUAUAAGUAGAGGGCCAUAUCCAAGUGAACGGACAAAGAAAAAUGCUAUUCCCUUUACUCCAACACAAAUUGAAGCCAUUCGUGCUGGCUUACAGCCAGGUCUUACUAUUAUUGUUGGCCCACCUGGAACAGGAAAGACAGACGUGGCUGUGCAGAUCAUUUCUAAUUUGUACCAUAAUUUUCCAGAGCAGAGAACACUGUUGGUAACACAUUCAAAUCAGGCACUAAACCAGCUCUUUGAAAAAAUUAUGAUGCUGGACAUUGACGAGAGGCACCUGCUUCGUCUCGGCCAUGGAGAAGAAGCACUCGAAACAGAGAAGGAUUUCAGUCGCUAUGGCAGAGUCAACUACGUAUUGGCAAAACGGCUAGAACUGCUUCAAGAAGUCAGUAGACUCCAGGACAGUCUUGGUGUGACUGGUGACGUAUCAUACACUUGUGAGACUGCUGGCUACUUUUACCUUUAUCAGGUUUUGUCUCGGUGGGAGGAAUUUCUUAGCAAAGUGAAAUCGAGCGCAGCAGAGCCAUCAACUCAGGACAUUCAAGAACAUUUUCCAUUUACCAAGUUCUUCAGCAAUGCACCACAACCUUUGUUUCAUGGGCAGUCACCUGAAGAUGACAUGGAGAAGGCAGAGAGCUGUUUCCGCUACAUCAAAGACAUUUUUGAUCAGUUAGAAGAAUUUCGAGCAUUCGAGCUACUUCGCAGUGGCCUGGACAGGUCACGGUACCUCCUUGUCAAGGAGGCCAAGGUGAUUGCCAUGACAUGCACCCACGCGGCACUAAAGCGUAGAGAGCUGGUUGACCUGGGCUUCAAGUAUGAUAACAUCCUUAUGGAAGAGUCUGCUCAAAUCUUGGAGAUUGAGACCUUCAUCCCUCUGCUUCUACAGACACCACAGGAUGGAUACAAUCGUCUCAAGCGGUGGAUCAUGAUUGGAGACCAUCAUCAACUGCCUCCUGUGGUAAAGAACAUGGCCUUCCAAAAGUACAGCAACAUGGAACAGUCACUGUUUACAAGGUUUGUGCGCUUGGGUGUGCCCGUGGUCCAGCUUGAUGGUCAAGGUCGAUCAAGGCCCAGCUUGUGUGACCUGUACAAUUGGCGAUACCGGAAUCUGGGGAACUUGCCACAUGUUACAGAAUGGCCAGAGUACCGAACUGGCAAUGCCGGUUUCUGCUUCGACUACCAACUUGUCGAUGUGGGAGACUUCAAUGGAAUAGGAGAAUCUGAACCAAACCCUUACUUCUACCAGAACUUGGCAGAAGCAGAAUAUGUCGUGGCUGUGUUCAUGUACAUGCGGCUUUUGGGCUACCCUGCUGAACGGAUCUCCAUCCUGACCACGUACAAUGGACAAAAACAUCUCAUACGUGAUGUCGUGCGUCAGCGUUGCCAAGACAAUCCACUCAUUGGCUGUCCCCUGAAGGUAACUACUGUGGACAAGUACCAGGGCCAGCAGAAUGACUAUGUGCUCUUGUCACUGGUGCGAACGCGAGCUGUUGGGCACUUGCGAGAUGUGCGCCGGCUUGUAGUGGCCAUGUCACGGGCUCGCUUGGGCUUGUAUGUGUUUGCACGUAUAUCACUGUUCCAAGACUGCUUUGAGCUGGGACCUACAUUCAACCUCUUGCUUCAGAGACCUACACAGCUCUGGUUGGCACCUUGGGAGGUCUACCCUACAGGGCGCCCUAACAAUGUACCCCCACAAGGAGAGCCAUAUGUGAUCACGGGCAUGACGCAGAUGGCCCAGUUUGUCUAUGACUUCUACCAGCAGAGAUUAGAUGCUCUCACAGCCCAGCUGAAGGCACAGAAGGCAGUCUAUGAAAAGCCGCCCACCACCAUCAAGGAAAGCCCCAAGGAAACUGCAAGGGCAGAACAGCCUGCCUCUGAAAGCCAGCCUACUGUGGCCAUGGACACAGAUAGUGAACAGCCUUCUACUGACCAGCCUGAGGCACCUGCUACUGUAGACAGUGCACCCAGCAUUCAGCAUCUGAGUAUUGUGCAAGAGGCCCCAGGGAUGGAGGGUGACUCAAGUGAUUCUGAAGAAAGAUAGUGGGGAAAAAAUUGUAAAAUUUCAAUCCAUCAUCUGUGAAUAAGUGAUAACAGCAUCAUGUAUUAUAAAUAAAGCACUGUCACCUGUUGCUUUGGUUCUUA